AUGCAGAUGUUGAGUACUCUUCUCACGGCCUCGUGCCUAUUCACCGGGCUCCAUGCAGCCAACUUCACAAACCCUCUGAAACGGCCGCUGGGGAGUGACCCUCACAUCGUUUUCGUCGACGGCUUCUACUACCUGACGACAACCACAUACGAGAACGUCCAGCUCACCAGGGCCACGACCCUCGAGGGCCUCAAGACGGGCGAGAACAAAAUCAUCUGGACUCCAGACGACCCAUCGCGAAGCUGCGAGCUGUGGGCCCCAGAGUUGCACCAGGUGGAUGGCGUAUGGCACCUCUACUUCACAGCUGGGGCAUGUGGGCCCUGCUGCGAUACCCAGAAACCUCAGGUCCUCGAGGGUGGCGCGUCGCCAUGGGACGACUACACGUACCUCGCGACCCUCACAAACGAGUUCGGCAUAGACGGCACAGUCCUCACCCUGAACGACCAGAACUACUUCGUCUGGUCGUGCAUCACCAGCGACCUGCAGGGCCUCUGCAUCGCAACGCUCGACACCCCGGGCAGCAUCGGGCCCCGGCACGAGCUCUCGCUGCCCUUGGAGUCAUGGGAGGUCGACGGCUUCGGCGUGAACGAGGCCCCGGCGCCGCUGUAUCACGACGGCAAGACCUUCCUCGCCUUCUCGGCUAGCUACUGCGGCACCGCUAGCUACCAGCUAGGCCUCCUCACGUAUGAGGGUGGCGACCCCCUCGAGAAGUCGUCCUGGACCAAGACGGGGCCUCUGUUCAGCUCGGCGAAUGGCAACUACGGGACUGCACACAAUGCGUAA